AUGAAGAUGAUAGUGGAGCUGUCAGAUGAAGCUCAAUACAAGAAAAUUGUGGGAAGCGUGCUGUAUCUCACAGCAACAAGGCCUGACAUAAUGUAUGCUACAUGUUUGUUAGCAAGGUUCAUGCACUGCCAUACUAACAAGCAUUAUGGGACAUCAAAAAAAGUUUUAAGAUAUGUUCAAGGGACUCUUGACUUUGGUUUGGAGUAUAAGAAAGGUGAAGCAACAAUCGUGGUAGGAUUCUAUGAUAGUGACUGGAGUGGUUCAAAAGAGGAUAUGAGAAGCACAUCUGGGUAUGCUUUUACAUUUGGUAGUGGAGUUUUCUUUUGGGUGUCUGUCAAACAACAAUGUGUUGCCUUAUCCACAACUGAAGCAGAGUGUAUCAGUGCAUCGGAGGCAACUGCCUAA